GUAUUUGUUAUAUACUAGUAACGUGUUACUUGAAGCCUUUGUGUCUGAUCCCCUGCCUCCUCUGAUAAGUAAACCUUUACGCAAGAGAACCUCUGUGUCUUCUAUCGUUUAGAAGUCAGCGUUACAAUCGGCUUCAAAACAGCAGCUGAGAAGGAAAUAAAUGACCUUCGAAGACAGGGUACCUUUACAUCUGUUCGAGAUGAACAAACACAUGCAUUUGUAAUACCUCUUAUGUGGGUAUUUACAUACAAGUUUGACAAUAGUGGCUUCCUUGUAAAAUACAAGGCUCGACUUGUCGUGAGAGGAGAUCUACAGCGAUACUCUAUCCACGAUGAAACAUAUGCAGCGACACUAGCAUCGCGGACUUUCCGUGCACUCAUGGCAAUCACAGCCUACUUCGACCUCGACACUGAUCAAAUGGAUGCGAUCAAUGCAUUCACAAAUAGUCGCAUUGACGAAGAAGUGUAUGUGCGCUGCGCAGAUGGAUAUAAAGAACAAGGGAUGUGCUGGAAACUCAACCGCGCCCUUUACGGAUUACGACAGUCACCACUACUUUGGUUUCGUGACUUCUCAGAGACGUUAACAUCUCUAGGUCUCACACAAGUUCCUGAAGCACAGUGUCUGUUCGUGUCCGACACCAUAAUAGUCUUCUUUUAUGUCGACGACAUCUGUAUCCUCAGCCACCCAAGACAUAAGCGUGAAGCAAUAGACUUCCAUACAAAACUCAUGGAGGCAUACGAGUUCCGGGAAAUAGGGGAACUAAAUUGGUUCCUCGGAAUUAGAAUUGUACGAGACCGCACUCAGCGCAAACUUUGGAUGUGUCAAGAUUCAUAUAUUGAAAAGAUUAUUGCAUCUUACAAGGUCACACAAACAAGGAUGCCGCGGACACCAAUGAUCACAGUCGAACUUACCCCAUACAAUGGGCAAGCAACAAAACAAGAGAUUCAUCUCUAUCAACGGAAGAUUGGAUCAGUGAACUAUGCCGCAGUCGUGACUAGACCUGACAUAGCCCGCACAACACAAAAACUAGCAGAGUUUCUCAUCAACCCCGGACCAGACCACCAUGCUGCAGCCGACCGGCUCUUGCUCUAUUUGCAAGGCACGAAGAAUUAUGCACUUCAAUAUGGACCAAACAUUGACGAACCACGCUUCCAAUGUUCAAGUGAUGCCUCAUAUGCAGAUUGUGAGGAAACAAGACGAAGCACAGAAGGCUAUCUGUUUACACUCUUUGGCGGCGCCAUUGACUGGCGAUGCACAAAGCAGAAAACUGUGUCAACUUCGACAACAGAAGCUGAGCUCCUUGCGCUCUCUCACUGCGCAAAACAACUGUACUGGUGGCAGCGAUUCUUCUCUAUGAUAAAAUUGGAACUGCACGAAGAAUAUACCCUACAAUGUGACAACCUGCAAACUGUACGGCUCCUACUCAAGGAAUCGCCCAAGCUCGUCACGAAGCUGAAGCACAUCGACGUGCACUCCCACUGGCUACGACAAGAAGUUGAACACCAGAAGAUUCAUAUCAACUGGAUCACGACACAUGAAAUGCCUGCUGAUGGAUUUACAAAAGCACUCUCUCGACAGAAGCAUGAAGAUUUCAUCAAGCAUCUCAACUUGGUCGACAUUAGUCGUCUACUGUAGAUGACACCUUACAAAACCCGACCGGUACACAUACAACACAAAAACCCGAGGAACACCAAAGUUCCACCACAACACCGAAGAAUUAGUCUUUUCUUUUAAGUUACUAUUAUUAUUAUUAUUUAUAUAAACUGUAACACCUGGGGGGGUGUGUUAUAAUAUACAGGGGCUACAGUAAGCGACCACAGGUAGAACCACAGAAAAACUCUGCCCUUACGGCUAGAGGCCUCGAAGGGAAAAGAAAAUUUACUCAACAC